AGAACACACCAAGCAGAACAACCUGCACACAAGCUGUUAGCUGUGGGAAUUGGGAUGGACACGGGCGGCGAUGCUUCCAAGGCAACGGAGCGCUUUGUCCUCGUGCACGGCGCCUGCCACGGCGCCUGGUGCUGGUUCAAGCUAGCAUGCCUGCUCCAGGGCUCCGGACACCGCGUCUCCUGCAUCGACCUUGCCGGCGCCGCCGGCAGCCUCGUCGACCCCAACAACGUCCGAUCGUUCGAUGAGUACGACGCGCCGCUCAUUGAAUUCAUGGCGGCCCUGCCGGACGGCCACAAGGUAAUUCUAGUAGGACACAGCGCAGGAGGACUAAGCGUGACCCAUGCAAUGCAUUUGUUCCGAGACAAAAUUAAGCAGGCCAUCUUCAUAGCAGCAACCAUGCUCCCGUUUGGCUACCAAACAGAACAAGACAUCAAAGAUGGUGUACCUGAUUUAUCAGAGUUUGGGGAUGUGUACGACCUGAACUUUGGUCUGGGAGAAGAUCAUCCACCUACAAGCAUGAUGCUAAGAAAGGAGUUCCAGCGCACAAUCCUGUACCAACAAAGCUCCCAAGAGAACUCCAUGCUUGCUUCCAUUCUGCUGCGCCCAUUUCCAGCCGUGCUUCAAACUGCAAGGUUUGGUUGCGUCGAUGAUGGUGUCAAGAGCCCUGUAAAUGCAGUCCAUCGUGUAUACAUAAAAACAGCAAAUGACCGUACGUUGAAGGCGGAGCAGCAGGAUGCCAUGAUUCAUCGUUGGCCACCGAGAAAGGUGAUGGUCAUGAACACAGACCACAGUCCUUUCUUCUCUGCACCAGACCAUCUCUUGGAGCUCAUCCUCAAGUCAUUGUGACGUACUGAUGGUGAAACGUAUCCGCAAUCCAAGUGGAGGCUUGACCUGCUCAUCAAGUUAUGCCAAUUCGAGUUGCACUGUAUCAAUAAACUGUUUUUCAGUUGUCCGCCACAAAACAUAAUUUUAGAUCUAAAUUAGAUAAAUAUAUGUAUACAAUAUAAGGUUUUUGUAAUGAAGGAUGAAAUAUAUUUGAGCCUUUAA